AUGGCCACAGUAAGUCGUGGGAAUGUUGAAUUAAGCAUCACAUUUGAGUCCGAGACUGCGGAGUACAUCCCUGGUGGUAUUCUCUCCGGUGUAAUUAAAAUAACACUGAAUAAAGAAUUCUCGCUUCGUGCUAUCCGACUGCGUAUUCGUGCUGAAGAGUACGCCAGAAUUGGUCUAGGACCCUCACCUACCGACAAUACCCGUAUACACUACGAUAAGAUUUACACAUUUGCACGAGAGUUACGUAAAAGUGAAUCUCCGGAGACUGCAUCCCUGUUGCUUACUGAAACUGGAUCUGAGGGAGAAGAUUUUAUGAAUCCCGAUGAAGUACUAUCACCGGGCGUGUAUGAAUAUCCAUUUGGAUUGGAUUUGCCGGAGUUUUUGCCUCCAAGUUUUGAAAUUCGAUGUAAACUAGAUACUGCAGAAGCCCGUUUAAUGUACACAGCAAGAGCAUAUCUGGAUAUUCGUACUGGAUUUGAUCUAGAGUGUUUCAAGCCAUUUUAUAUCCUUUCCGCUAUUUCACGCUUACUGUACACUGAGAAAAUGGAUGAGCGUACUGAGAAAAAAGUAACUUUUAAUGUGCCACUGAAGAAUUCUUCUCGUUGUGGAUUUUUUGGACUUUUCAACGGAGGACACGUUAGAGUCACUAAAUUAAGAGUGGAACCAAAAGUUAUUCUUAUGGAUGCAUCUAAAAUGGUAAAUAGAAGUUUUACAUCUGUCAUUGAUAAUAAUAACAAUCCCUCCGCUUUUGUUCAUGUAAAUAUUGUCAAUAAUUCCCGUAAAACACUGGAUAUCAUAAGAGUACGCCUUAUGAAUGUUGCCCAGAUCAGACUUAAUAAUCUCCACUCGUUUCGUUGUGUAGAUAUUGGAGAACCCUUUAUCUACAAGGGAGUUAUUCAACGUGGUGAUGAAAAGUCUUUUGUGGCCAAGUUCUGCCCUAAUAUUUUCUUACCCUAUUCAACUGUUAAUAAUAGUGAAAAGGACGAUAAUGACGUCCACUCUUCUUUUUCUUCAUAUCCUCUUAUCCCGCGAAGAAAACAGAAGGGGUAUGUCUUGUAUGAACAACCACUCAUGGAUGUUACUACCGCGUUUGUCAGCAGUCAUUGUGUGGUUUCAGUGGAGUUUCCAGGGUAUAAAUUUGAGGAGAUCUUUAUGCCCGCCGAUGUUCUUCUAGCUGGUACUAUUGAUGAAGGCACUUCGUCUAUGGGAUUUCCUUGUGUGUACGAUAACAAAUCUUUCAGUAAAAGGAGUUUGUUAAAUAAUGUUUACAUUUUACAGCCUAAUAUUCACGAUUAUACAGAGUCCCCAGAAAGGGCACAGUAUGUGUCUCCCAUUCUUAAUGAGGUUGAAGACCCAACUGGUAUAUUUCCUGCAUAUACAGCGGGGAUUCAGAGACACUAA